ACUGGAGAGAAACCAUAUAAAUGUCAUCUCUGUGGAAGUGGCUUUUUGCAAAGUUCUAACCUUAGAAAUCACAAGCGGAUCCACACUGGAGAGAAACCAUAUAAAUGUCAUCUCUGUGGAAGUGGCUUUUUGCAAAGUUCUAACCUUAGAAAUCACAAGCGGAUCCACACUGGAGAGAAACCAUAUAAAUGUCAUCUCUGUGGAAGUGGCUUUUUGCAAAGUUCUAACCUUAGAAAUCACAAGCGGAUCCACACUGGAGAGAAACCAUAUAAAUGUCAUCUCUGUGGAAGUGGCUUUUUGCAAAGUUCUAACCUUAGAAAUCACAAGCGGAUCCACACUGGAGAGAAACCAUAUAAAUGUCAUGUGUGUGGGAAAGUCUUCAGUCAAAGUUCCUACCUGAAAGAACAUGAGAAAACUCACACAGAAGAGAAGCCAUAUAAAUGCCGUCUAUGUGAGAAAACUUUUAAUCAAAUCUCUUACCUUAGAAAACAUAAGAAAAUCCAUUCCAGAGAAAAGCACUAUGAAUGUCAUCAGUGUGGGAAAGCCUUUAGUCAGAGCUCUGGACUUAGUCAGCACAAGAGAAUCCACACUGGAGAGAAACCACACAUAUGUCUUCUGUGUGGGAAGGCCUUCAAUCAAAUUUCUGAACUGACUCGGCACAAAAGGACCCACACAGGAGAGAAACCCUAUGAAUGUCAGCGGUGUGGGAAUGCCUUCAGUCAGCAUGCAAACCUGAGACACCAUGAGAGAAUCCACACUGGAGAGAGGCCCUAUGAAUGUCAGUGGUGUGGGAAAUGCUUCAGUCGUGGCUCUUCCCUGAGACGACAUGAGGGAACCCAGCACUGGAGAGAAAGUCAGGAGGGCCCUCAUUAG